UGAAAAAUAAACCUGCCACUGCUGUGAACACUCUACACUGCCAUAGUGAGUUCAGAAAAAGCAAUUCAAAUUGUCUCCACAAUGUGGUUCUUAAUUUUCUUAGUCUUGUUGGUUAUAUGGGCCGGUGGCACAUACCGGUACCUGUAUGGGACACCGAGCCCUUUCUCCCUGGAGUCAGUGAGACCUCCUGGACCUCGAGAGUUUGAUCAGAAGAAGCGGGACAAAGUUAUCAAGCAAGGUUUCCGCCUUGACAAAGUGCCCCAGAACCUGGACGUCAUUGUCAUCGGGAGUGGUAUCGGUGGGCUGGCAGCUGGAGCCACACUGGCCAAAGCAGGGAAGAAAGUCCUAGUGCUGGAACAACAUUACCAAGCAGGAGGCUGCUGCCACACCUACAUAGAGAAAGGCUUUGAGUUUGAUGUUGGGCUUCACUACAUUGGUCAGGUUGGUGAGAACAGUCUGCUGCGCGUCGCCUUCGACCAGAUCUCCGAGGGCCAGUUGGAGUUCCAUGAACUAAAUCAACACUUUGACACCAUCCAUAUUGGCCUUGGCGAUGAGAAACGAGAGUACACCAUUUUAUCUGGUAAAACUGAAAUGAAAGCCCAUCUGAUGAAGCAAUUCCCUGAUGACACAGAGGCCAUCGAAACAUUCUUCAAAAUCAUGAAGGUCUCAGCUAAGCAUGCUUACUACCUGGCAAUUCUAAAGCUGAUCCCGCAGUGGGUCUCUUUAUUCCUGCUGAAGUCAGGCAUCGGAAACCUCGCCUCGUCGGUCUUCCGCCUCUCUGGCACAUGUGCAACAGACUUUGUGAACACCCUGACCAGCAACAAGGACCUCCACGUCAUCUUUGCUUAUCUUUUCUAUGGUGUGCCUCCAAAGGACUCCAGUAUUAUGAUCAAUGCCCUCCUGAUUCAUCACUACAAACGAGGUGCCUUCUACCCUAAAGGUGGUGCCAGUGAGAUCGCCUUCCACAUCAUCCGCACCAUUCAGAAAUAUGGAGGAAACUGCCUGGUCAGAGCUCCCGUCUCCAGGAUUCUGGUUAAUGAGAAGGGAGAAGCUUAUGGUGUGAAAGUGAGGAAAGGUCAGGAGGAAGUGGAGGUUCUUGCACCUGUGGUUGUUUCAAACUGUGGCAUCUUCACCACCUUCCAGAAACUUCUUCCCCCUGAGAUUCGAGUCAAGACAGAUAUUCAGGAAAGACUGGACAUAAUGAAACAUGGCAGAGGAUCCUUUUUGGUCUUCUCUGGCUUUGAUGGAACUGAAGAGGAGUUGGGCCUCAAGUCCACAAACAUCUGGCUGUUCAAAGACAAUGACAUGGACAAGUCGAUGAAUGACUUCUUUGCAUUGAGCAAAGAGGAAGCACCAGAUAAUAUCCCCAUGAUGAUGAUCACAAUACCAUCUUCCAAAGACCCAGAAGCCAAAAUAAGACACCCUGGUACAAACACCCACUACUUUUUUUCUACUGUAGACAAAAAUGAAUUCCCUAAAAUCAGAGAUAAGUUGGUAUUCCAGGAGGUGGCGACCCCACUGACCAACAUGCACUAUUUGGGUGCCCAGCGUGGAGCCAUGUACUCCUCAGAGCACAACCUAGAGCGUUUCCGUGCCGAGACUGUGGCGAGGAACAGGUGCAGCACCCCUGUCAAAAACCUCUACAUCUCAGGUCAAGACGUGUUCAGCUGUGGGAUAGCAGGCGCUCUGCAUGGUGGACUCCUCUGUGCCUCUGCGGUAUUGGAUCACAUCGUCUACCUUGACUUGGUCGUCCUCAAGAAGACGCUGAAGAAGAGGAAAGCCAGAGAGUUGGCCCAGCUGGCUAAAAAGAAACUGCAGUGAGAGUGCUUUCUACUUCCCCUGUAGGACAAUAGUGAAACUGCACAAACCAGGACUGCAAAAGGACCCUUGAUUGUUGUAGGAACACACCAGCACUGAGUCCCAGAUCUAUUCUAUACACUAAUAUUAUAAAGUCUAAACGUACUAAUGCCAAUAGUGUACUUUUCUUACAGUUACAAGGAAGUUAUGUUAUGUUCUGUUUGUACUAAAAGGAAAUAAUACAGCUGCGAUAAACACAGUUUCUACUAAAAACAUAAAAAAAUAGCCAAAACAAGUAUUAGUGUUUUGUGUGUUCUGAGCUGAGAAUGAAGACCAGAAUACUCAUGUGAUCCUGGUAGAUCAUUCAGUCCGAUGGUGAUCUAUGCCGACAUACUAGAUUGACUAGUCUUCAGCAACUACCACAAUAAAGUACACAGAGUGCUGUUAAAUAGUCCAUAUGUUUGCAUCAUAUUUCGGCACAUUUAGCUGGUUACUACUUUAUCUUAGAACUGCUACAAGUUCUCACUUUGUUUGCUUUCGAGGUUGUUGCAAGUGCUAAUCAUGCACUAUGUCUUAACAUGGCAAUACAAAAUGCUAAAGAGAUAGCAUGCUCUACCACAGGCUUAAAAAAUUAUUUUGGCUACAAUUCAUAAUAAUUCAUUAAAGAGGAAGGUGACAAAAUGCGAUGAGAAAGGACUGAGCAUCUCAUUUACAAUACUGCAAUGAUAAUGUACUAUAUACCUCAGGAGCUAGGGAUGGUUUUGGUGGGUUUUGCUGAUGCUGUGUCACUUUGCCUGAGAAGGUAACUACAAGUAACCACAGUGUUUAAACACUCAUAACGAACAAUAUCUUGGCGUGAAUAAGCUGUACCUACAUGACCAUAUUUGCUAUCUUAACUCUCCAUCAUUUUUAUGGGAAAUGGUAGGUUUACUAUUUAUUCGAUUAUCUAUAAAAAUCUAGUAAGCCUACAGUGCUUUUCUUAUUGUGAUUGAGUAUACAAAAAGAUC